UCCGACGCGGUCCGAGCAGGGCCGAGUACCGGUGCAGCCUCCUAACGAGAAGCGUCCCGGCGACUCUUGCCGAUCCGACCGACCCGAUCGCCUCCGUGCACGGCGCAUCCAAGACCCGGAACAACCGGGCCGAGAGCAGGUGCGCAACAGUCCGCACGCACUCGCAUCCGCGCCGGUGCCAUUCGGGUACGAGAUUUGAUACGCGUCUCGGUCGGUAAGGAAGGAACACGUGCUACGCGCCCUGCAUCUCGAUGGGAACUUCUCGGACCGAGGAGUGAGUGGAACGUCUGAGCGGAGGGAGAAAGGGAAAACGUAGCCCUUGUGUUAAGAUCGGCUUUCGUCGAUGCGUUUGGAGGAUGCGAUCGGUUGAUUGGACCAAAUCAAUCAUGCAUCGUCUCGCUUUCACGGUUAUCCUCUUCGUCGUCGUCUCCUUAGGUUCGACGAAUGAGCAGUACAACGGAGAACGUCGAGUCCCAGCAAGAGUCCGUUCCAUGCCAUCAGGUCCUCACGCGAAGAGGCCUCACCCCUGCGAACAGAGUUCCUGUUAUCCUGCAACCGGGAAUCUGCUCAUCGGACGAAAGGAUCGACUUUCGGCCUCCUCCACCUGCGGACUGAGAGGACCUGAGAGAUUUUGCAUAGUCUCCCACCUGAAGGAGAGAAAAAAGUGCUUCUUUUGCGACGCCUCGCUACCCAAAAAGCAACACAAUGUGGAAAACAUCAUCAGCAAUCGCAAGAAAUCCGUAGAGACCUGGUGGCAGGCGGAGAACGGCGUGGAGAACGUCACCCUGCGUCUAGACCUGGAGGCUGAAUUUCACUUCACCCACAUCAUCAUCCGUUUCCAAACCUUCCGACCGGCGGCCAUGUUGAUCGAGAGAUCCUACGAUUUCGGCAAAACGUGGCAGGUGUACCGAUACUUUGCCCACGACUGCGAGCAGUCCUUCCCCGGGGUUCCCACGACCUCUCCGAGGAAACUGACCGACGUGAUCUGCGAGUCAAGGUACUCGAACGUGGCUCCGUCCUCCGGUGGGGAGAUCAUCUUCAGGGUCCUACCGCCGAAUCUGCAGAUCGACAACCCGUACUCGAAGGAGGUGCAGAACCUCCUGAAGAUGACCAACCUCAGGAUCAACUUCACGAGGCUGCACACCCUCGGCGACGACCUCCUGGACGAUCGCGCGGAGAUCCGAGAGAAGUAUUACUACUCCAUCCAGGAUAUGGUCGUUCGUGGAUCCUGUUCCUGUUACGGCCACGCCUCGAGGUGCUUGCCUCUUCCGGGCGUCGUCCACGAGGAGGACAUGGUACACGGCAGAUGCGAGUGCACCCACAACACCAAGGGCCUCAACUGCGAGAACUGCGAGGAUUUCUACAACGACUUGCCCUGGAAACCUGCGGUGGGCAAGCAGACAAAUGCUUGUAGGAGGUGUAAUUGUAAUGGCCACACGACGUCCUGCCACUUCGACGAGGCUGUCUACGAGAGGUCCGGCAGGGUAUCCGGAGGUGUUUGCGACGAUUGUCAGCACAAUACGCGGGGGCAAAAUUGCGAGCAGUGCAAACCGUUCUACUACCACGACGUCAGCAAGGAUAUCUCGGAUCCUGAUGCCUGCCAGCCCUGCGACUGUGAUCCUAGCGGCUCCUUGGACGACGGAAUCUGCGACUCUAGAACCGAUCCUUUAAGUGGUGAUGAGUCUGGACGUUGUCACUGCAAAGCCAACGUCGAGGGUCGGCGCUGCGACCGCUGCAAAAACGGAUUCUGGAAUUUCGAUCUUAACAAUCCCGAAGGGUGUCAAGCUUGUACCUGCAAUACUCUCGGUACCAUUGACAAUCAGGGAUGCAACACGAUCACCGGCGAGUGCACCUGUAAGAGGUACGUCACUGCAAGAGACUGCAACCAGUGUCUACCAGAGUACUGGGGACUGUCGGACGAGCACGACGGCUGCAAGCCUUGCGACUGCGAUCCUGGUGGCGCCUACGAGAACUCUUGCGACGUCAUAACCGGCCAAUGUCGCUGCAGACCUAACGUUGCGGGCAGGACUUGCAACCAACCGGACCAGAGCUACUACACCGGCUCGUUGGAUUUCCUCGUCUACGAGGGAGAGUUGUCCAGAGCAACGGAUAAUUGCCAAGUGGUCAUUAGAGAACCGUUCAGAGACGGAAGGAACAACACCUGGACCGGAAUUGGAUUCAUGAAGGCGUUGGAAGGCUCCACGUUGAACUUCACCGUAGAUGACAUCCGUAGGUCGAUGUGGUACGACAUCGUCGUCCGUUACGAGCCGGUUCACCCUGGCGCCUGGGAGGACGUGCAGAUCAUCAUCGAACGAGACGGCCGGGUAGACAGAGAGGGUCCUUGCGUAGAUUGGAGACCCGACGACGAUCGUCUUCGAGUGCAGCUGUUGGCGAACUCUCACAGUGCCGUGGCAAUUCCGUCGGUUUGUUUGGAAGAGGGCAAGCGGUACAACAUCAUGCUGCAGUUCCGGAAGUACGGAGGACACCUGGACACUCCAUCCGCGUCGAUACUGGUGGAUUCGAUCGUUCUCAGACCCCGGAUAGACACCAUCCCGUUCUUCAGCGAGUCCGGACUGGGCGAGCUGCGUCGUCAGGAGUACGAGAGGUAUCGCUGUAACGAGUUCCUGGACGAGGUGGGCGGCUAUCGAAACGACCUGAUCGAGAUUUGCGGAAAGUUCCACAACAGCAUAGGGUACUACGUGUUCGAUGGUGCUCACGCCUGCGAAUGCAACCGAACGGGCUCCCACAGUCUGCUGUGUAAGCAAUACGGCGGAAUUUGCCCCUGCAAGCCAAACGUGGUGGGUCGUCGCUGCGACCGCUGCGCGCCCGGGACCUACGGAUUCGGUCCCGAGGGCUGCGUUCCCUGCGACUGCGACAGCGUUGGCGCUCUGGACAACUUCUGCGACGUGGAGACCGGCAGGUGUAAGUGCCGACCCAACACUUACGGCCGCACCUGCGGUCAGUGCGAGCCCGGCUUCUGGAACUUCCCGCACUGCCAGCGGUGCGAGUGCAACGGCCACGCGGACAACUGCGACUCGAAGACGGGAGCCUGCAUCGAGUGCCGUGAUAAUACGACAGGGCGAACUUGCGACAGGUGCGUCGAGUCCUUCUACGGCGACCCUCGCAUCGGCGUGGACAUCCCCUGCAGGUCGUGCCCGUGCCCGGGUAGCCGGGACUCGGGCCACUCCUACGCCGACAGCUGCUCUCUGGACUCGGUGACCCACGACGUGAUCUGCGAGUGCUACCGGGGCUACUCGGGGCCGCGGUGCGAGGGCUGUGCCGACAACUACUACGGCAACCCGGAGGUCGCCGGAGGCGGAUGCAUCGCCUGCGACUGCAGCAACAACACCGACCUGGCCCAAUCCGGAAACUGCGACCCGGUGACCGGGCGCUGCUUGCGCUGCCUCCACGACACGGACGGCGCCCACUGCCAGGUCUGCAGGGCCGGGUUCUACGGGGACGCGACUAGGCAGGACUGCCAGGACUGCCAGUGCGACGUCCUGGGGACUGACCGGGCUGCAGGACCCUGCGACCACCGGACCGGCCAGUGUCCUUGCCUGCCUCACGUGGUCGGCCGACUCUGCGACGCCUGCGAGGAAAACCACUGGCGCAUCGCCAGCGGCGAGGGCUGCGAUCCAUGCGGGUGCGACGCCGUCGGUAGCGUGUCCGAUCGCUGCAACCCCUACGACGGCACCUGCGAGUGCCGGCCCGGCUUUGGUGGCAGGAGGUGCAACGAGUGCCAGGCCAAUUUCUGGGGCAACCCCAACGUCGAGUGCUACCCCUGUGACUGCGAUCUCGUCGGCUCGGCCAGCCAGCAGUGCGACCGCGACACCGGGGCCUGCGCCUGCCACCGGGGCAUCGGCGGCGAGAAGUGCGACAGGUGCGACCGCAGCUACAUCGGGUUCGCGCCAAAUUGCAGCCCCUGCGGGGAGUGCUUCGACAACUGGGACCUCGCUCUUCAUGGUCUGCGGAACAGGACCGACGCCGUCAUCGCCGAGGCCUCGCGCAUUCAGAAAGUUGGAACCACCGGGGUGUACAGUCAGGAGUUCGAGAACAUGCUGACGAGUUUGGACCGGGUACGAGAUCUCGUCGCAAACGCUACCGUGCGCAGCCAGGACCUCGACGAGCUGGCAGAGCUAGCCAACAAGCUGGGCGCAGGGGUCUCCAACUCGGGAGAUCUCCUCAACAAGGUCGACGACCUCCUCGAGAGCGUCGGCCAGAAGGUCAGCUUGGCGGACGCGGCCCUGAAGAACAUGAAGAACCGAACCAAUGGGCUGCAUCGUGGAGCGAACGAGCUCAGGGAGAACGCCACCAGGUUGCAGGAGGCCAACGUGCAGGGGGCUCUCAAUGUCACCCUACAGAUGGCCGACCAGUCCCGCCAGGCCGAGAAGACGGCCAAUGGCACCACCAGCAUUCUGGGCGAUGCCGAGCGGUACCGGAAGCACACCGAGAACUUGCUCGCCAAGAACUCGGCCGCCGUGGACGAGGCGCAGCGCAGGAACAAGGAGGCGCUGGUGGAACUACGAGGAAAACUGGAGGACGUCGACCGGGACAUGCCCUUGGUCAAUCUCGCGAUGUGCGGAGAAAACGUGACGGAUUGCAGCGCUCUGUGCGGGGGUGCCGCCUGCGGUUUCUGCGGGGGGUUGUCCUGCGAUCUUGGCGCCGUCACCAAGGCCAAUCAGGCUCUCGAUGUGGCCAGGAACCAAGCGGUCCAAAUCAAGGCCCACAAGGACGAGGCCGAGCAACUUCUCAGGAACAUGAUCGAGACGAAGCAGGACGCGACCGCGGCCAGGUCGAACAGCCAGGACGCGUUCAACUACGCGCAGGUGGCCCGCAACCGCACGGAAGUCCUGGCGAAGGCUUUAGCCGAGGCGAACGAGAAGAUCUGGGCGAUCCUGAAGGAGGACCAGCCGACGCCGGCGAUGGUUCGCGACCUGGCGGAGCAGGUGCUGGCGACGAACAUCGAGCUGCAGCCGGACGAGAUCAAGCGGUUGGCGGGCAGGAUCAGCGGCAUCGUCGUCUCGCUGACGGACUCGGAGAAGAUCCUGAAGGACACGGCCGACGACAUCGAGGUGGCGAAGGAACUGGCGUCCAGGGCGAGCUCCGCGAAAAACGAGGCGGUCAACGGGCAGACCCUGGCGGGCAAGGUGGUCGACCUGCUUAGCGACACCCAGCAGGCCCAGGAGCAGGCUCAGGCAGCCAUCGACAAGGCCGAGAAGGACGUGGCCCUCUCCGAACGGGAUCUGGCGGACAUCGUCCAGGAGACGGGUCGGGCCCAAAAGAAAGCGGACAACACGACGCGCGCCGUCGAGGCGCUGGACGGCCGCCUCAAGCGGCUGCAGACCGACUCGGUGAAGAACGAUUUCGUGAUCAACCAGGAGAUCGGCGUGGAGGCCCGGAAGGUCGCCCAGGAGGCCCGGGACGUCGACGCCAAGACCGACCGUCUGGCCGCCGAGUACAAGAAAGCCAACGGCCUCCUGGACCAUCGGGCCAACAAGAGCAGGGACGACAUCCAGCGCGCCAAGAGGCUUCUCCAGAGGGCGUCCGAGCUCACCGCCGACACCUCGACCAAGUUCAAGGACCUGGACGGCAUGGACGGCGUCUACAAGGAGAACGAGAGGAUGCUGAGCGAUCUCACCGGCGAGGUCGACUCCCUCACCGCCGAGAUCGACCGACACCUCCAGGAGAUCGAGACCAAGUCCCAGCUGUACAGACGGUGCUCCUCCUAGAGGUCCGGGUCUCCGGUCGAAGUCGUCGUCGGCGUCGAUUUUCGCGACGCCGGGCCCGGUAGGCCCGCUUUCAUGGACCACGUGAUAGCGACCUCGAGGUCGUCCCUUCCCCGAGCGUGGGAGGACGCCACUUCCGGUCUCUUUUCUACCUCGAGGUCCAGCGGGAGGUCCUUUCAAAAAGGAGCACCGACUCAUCCGGGUCUAUCUCUCGGCGAUGACUCGUAUGGCGGCGAUUCGACGGCGCCGGACGUAUCGUCGCUUCGGCCGAUUCGUCGAUUAGCUGCCUCGGCCUAGAACGAAAAAGAGAGGAAAAGAAAUCGAAGAGCGGUAAUUCAAAACGCGUCGACCCUCGUCGUUCGUCGUAACAUAAGUGCAUAAUCACCCCGUUCGGCGGCUGACGGACGAACCCACCGUCGGCGCGUCUGCAACGGACGGCCAGACGCCGACUCGCAAUACUUACACCAAAACCCCUCGAGGUGGGACGAAAGCGGCAUCUAUGGGGUCUCGUUUAUGAGAUUUUUCUGCGAAUCGGCGAAUGAGUACCGGCACGUCGGAAACUCUCCUACGUGUACAUGGAGGCUGUAAGGCCGUUUGCCCACGUACCGGCACCGACUUUUCCGCCAGAAACAAUAUAACUUUCGUUUAUUUACUUAAUUACCAUCGAAAAAAACCGGUGACGGCACGAUCGACCCCUUAGGUGUCACUUUCGCAUCGUCUUAAUCCUAUAUUUAAUACUUUGUUACGAAUGUACCCUCGAGAAAAUUAUAUUACAAAGAGGAAUAAAAGAAAAGCGUUAAGUAGAGCCUACUCGACGUCAGAAAUUCAA